UGAGAGUUGUUAACACUGCCUAGCGGCCAAAUCGUCGCCCUUAUAGUUUUGAGUUAUAAAACCAACCAACUUUGAAACUGUUUUUUAAUUUGUUUCGGAAAGACAUUACCUAGUAGGAUUUUAAGUUUAAUAUUGAUUCUAUAAAUUUUUUUACUUCGAAUACAGGAAAAAAAAUACAUUAAACAAUGGCUAACCAGUGGGGACAAAAGGCUGAAGAAUUAGAAAUUUCUAACAAAGUUGCAGGACUGGGUCUUAACAAGAGCAUUAUAUCUUUAAAUCAGACCACUGACUCUGAAGAAUCUGCAGAUAAUGCUAAUCCAGCCGAUACAUCUCUUUUGAUGAAAAUUAUCAGACAAGGCUUGGUGGAAUCAAAGUUAGACAUUGAAAUUCAAAGGAAAGACCCAAACUCGCCACUUUAUUCAGUAAAGACAUUUGAAGCAUUGCAUUUAAAACCAAACCUUCUCAAAGGGGUUUACGCUAUGGGUUUUAAUGCUCCUUCAAAGAUUCAAGAGACAGCCCUGCCAACUCUCCUAGCAGACCCUCCUCAAAAUAUGAUUGCUCAGUCCCAAUCAGGAACAGGUAAAACAGCUGCAUUUGUAUUAGCUAUGUUAAGUAGAGUUGAUCCCACUAAGAAUUAUCCACAAGUUUUAUGCCUCAGCCCUACCUAUGAGCUUGCAAUCCAGACGGGAGAGGUUGCUGCUAAAAUGGCAAAAUUUUGCCCUGAAAUUAAACUGAAGUAUGCAGUUCGAGGUGAAGAAGUACCUAGAGGAACUAAGAUUACAGAUCACAUACUAAUAGGAACUCCAGGAAAAAUGAUGGAUUGGGGUGUAAGGUUUGGCAUGUUUGAUAUGAAUAAAAUAAAGGUUUUUGUCCUUGAUGAAGCGGAUGUUAUGAUUGACCGUCAAGGUCAUCAGGAUCAGUGUAUACGUAUACACAAAUGUUUACCUACUACAUGUCAAAUGAUGUUCUUUUCGGCAACAUAUGAUACUGCAGUCAUGGAGUUUGCUGAAAUCAUUGUACCUAAUCCUAUAAUAAUAAGAUCUUCGGAAGAAGAGUCUUUGGAUAACAUAAAACAAUAUUAUGUAAAAUGUAAAAGCCCAGAAGAGAAGUAUACAGCAAUUUGCAAUAUAUAUGGAGUGAUAACUAUUGGGCAAGCCAUCAUUUUCUGUCACACUAGAAAAACUGCCAGCUGGUUAUCAGAGAAAAUGUCAUCAGAUGGUCAUUCAGUAGCUGUUCUUUCUGGUGAACUAACUGUUGAACAAAGAAUAGCAGUAUUGGAUCGUUUUAGGGCUGGGUUGGAAAAGGUAUUAAUUACUACAAAUGUUUUGUCGGGCAUUGAUGUGGAGCAAGUGACUCUUGUAGUUAACUUUGACAUGCCUAUGGAUCUAGAUAGAAAAGCAGAUUGUGAAACAUACUUGCAUAGAAUUGGCCGUACUGGACGCCCGGGAAAGGCUGGUAUUGCAAUUAAUUUAAUUGAUUCAUCCCUGGCAAUGCAGAUAUGUUCAGAUAUUGAAGCUCAUUUUGGCAAGAAGAUUCAGUUGCUUGAUAUUGAAGAUGCAGAAGAAAUCGAGAAAAUUGGUGCAUAAACUGAUCUUGAAUAUUGUUGUUUUGUAAUUUGCUAUUUUAAAAUACCUACUCAAUAAAUACUAUUAUAUUUUGUAUAAAC